AUGGCAUGUUGGGUUGGGUUGGGCUGGGCUGGUGCGUGUGGAGGAGCUGAAGGGAAGGAGGCCUUGGGCUUGAUGUUGGCACUGGGCCGAGUGAUGAAGAAAAGGGAGCCCAGCCCAGGCGUGGGAAGGCAGCUGCUGGGCUGCAUGCGGGCCCAGCACCAGUCCUCCGACGAGGACGAUCUCUACAGUCGCCUCAAGUCACUGCAACGGCAGCUCGAGUUCAUCGACAUCCAGGAGGAGUACAUCAAGCACGAGCAGAAGAAUCUCAAGCGAGAGCUUCUUCGGGCCCAAGAAGAGGUCAAGACGAUUCAGUCGGUUCCCCUCGUCAUUGGCCAGUUCAUGGAAAUGGUUGAUCAGAAUAAUGGGAUAGUGGGCUCAACCACCGGCUCCAAUUACUACGUUAGGAUUCUUAGCACCAUCAAUCGGGAGCUUCUCAAGCCCUCUGCAUUUGUUGCUUUGCAUCACCAUUCGAAUGCCCUUGUUGAUGUUCUUCCUCCUGAGGCCGACUCCAGUAUCUCCCUUCUCAGCCAGUCGGAGAAGCCUGAUGUCACCUAUUCUGUAUGCCCAAUUCAAUCUUUACUGGAUGUUGUUAUCAUUUUUUAG